CCCAAAUCUCAGACAUCACAGAACUCUUCUUCUUCCCGCCAGCCCACCUUCCAGUCUCUCUCGCAGGUAUAAAGAUUCAAGGUCAAUUUUGUGCCAGAAUUCUGUCUUUCUGUCAAUUGGUUGAGCUUCUCGGCUCUCUUUUUCAUGGGUUUUUUUAAUACCAGCAACGGGUUCUCGUUUUUCUUUUUCUUUUGCGAAUGCGAGGAUUGCAUCCUUUGUCUAUUUUUCAAUUCCGCCACGCAUUCAGCUGCAGUUUUCAGCUCUGUUUUCAGAUUUCUGCUGCUUUUCUCUGUAUAAUUUUGCUGAUUCUGGUCCUGUUUUUGUGGAAUUGUGUGAAUUGAUUUUUCAAUGGAGGCCUAGGAUUUUGUUUACGUUUUUGUAAAAUUUUAUUUUGUGUGGGGGAGAAUUGAAUGGAAGGGUUCCUUUUUCUGUGAGGAUUGAUUGCUCUGUUUAUGACUGUUUGGUUUUGGGUGCUUUACUGUAAUGAUUGUUGGAUAUAUAGAAUCAAUUGGCUUCUUAUCUAGUAUCGCUGCUGUUCUGAAUCAUUCUUUUGUUUCAGUCACUAUGGGGAGCCACGAUGGAGCCAGCUACGGGGCUUACACGUAUGAGGCUCUUGAGAGGGAGCCCUAUUGGCCAUCUGAGAAGCUGAAAAUCUCCAUUACUGGAGCUGGUGGUUUCAUUGCCUCUCACAUAGCGAGGCGUUUGAAGAGUGAAGGCCACUACAUUAUUGCCUCCGACUGGAAGAAGAAUGAGCACAUGACAGAAGACAUGUUCUGUCAUGAAUUCCAUCUUGUGGAUCUUAGGGUUAUGGAUAACUGCUUGAAGGUUACCGAGGGUGUUGACCAUGUCUUCAACUUGGCUGCUGAUAUGGGCGGAAUGGGAUUCAUUCAGUCCAACCAUUCUGUUAUCAUGUACAACAAUACCAUGAUCAGCUUCAACAUGCUUGAAGCCUCUAGGAUCAAUGGUGUUAAGAGGUUCUUUUAUGCCUCUAGUGCGUGUAUUUAUCCUGAGUUUAAACAGCUGGAGACAAAUGUGAGCUUGAAGGAAUCUGAUGCCUGGCCUGCAGAGCCGCAAGAUGCUUAUGGCUUGGAGAAGCUUGCAACAGAGGAGCUGUGCAAGCACUACACCAAGGACUUUGGCAUUGAAUGCCGUGUUGGAAGGUUCCACAACAUUUAUGGUCCCUUUGGAACAUGGAAAGGUGGCAGGGAAAAGGCACCGGCUGCCUUCUGCAGAAAGGCGCUUACUGCUACUGAUAAGUUUGAGAUGUGGGGAGAUGGACUCCAAACUCGAUCCUUCACCUUCAUUGAUGAAUGUGUGGAAGGUGUACUCAGGUUGACAAAGUCCGACUUCCGGGAGCCAGUGAACAUUGGAAGUGAUGAGAUGGUGAGCAUGAACGAGAUGGCCGAGAUUGUUCUUGGCUUUGGGGACAGGAAGCUCCCCAUCCAUCAUAUCCCGGGUCCAGAAGGUGUCCGUGGUCGUAAUUCUGACAACACAUUGAUCAAGGAAAAGCUUGGUUGGGCUCCAACAAUGAGGCUGAAGGAUGGCCUAAGAUUCACAUACUUAUGGAUCCAGGAGCAGAUUGAGAAGGAGAAGGCUCAGGGUAUCGACUUGGCUGUCUAUGGAUCAUCCAAAGUGGUUGGAACUCAAGCUCCGGUUCAGUUGGGUUCUCUUCGUGCUGCCGAUGACAAGGAAUGAAGCCAGUUCUAAAAGCUUCAGUUGAAGCUGCUCUUUUGGAAGGAUUUGGCUUAUAGAUCUUGUGGUAGAAAGGUGAGAGACUUGUGGAAUGGUAGGAGGAGAGGUUGUUUUGGAAUAACUGGAAAAUUAGAUUGAUUAUAGUUUAUGUCCAUUUUAAUUUUCAAUCAUGUUGAGGGAUGGGAUGACUUGCUGCUUACUGCAUCAUCAUCCAAUGUUCUCUUUUUUCGUACCAGCUAUAUGCAGUGGUAAUGUAUUAGAGUGGCCAGCGUUUAGCAUUUCAUUAUAAUAAACUUAUAAAUCUUGU